UGAAUAAAAAUAGAAAAAAACUGUACUUUGCUCAAAAUAAAAAGAUAAAUAAAUAUGUUGAAAUCGCACAUACACCAAGUAUCAAACUCCAUUAGCCUACCUCCCCUCAGCACACCUUUCAUCACCGAUCAACAUUCCUCCUCCACCGUCAUCUCCCGUAAGGUGUUGGUAAAGAAACGCCGCGGUGGAAGUAUUCGAAACAUGAGUACUAGUACUACCACAAAGGCGACCAUGAUCUCGACCUCUUCUGUUGACAAGUUCACAAUGGUGAAAGGUGUCAUUAGUGUUCAACCAACCAUUAGCGGUGUACUUACUAGUGUGACUGUGGGUCUUAUAGGAACUGUAGCAGAUCGUGUUUCUGAUCUUUUUGGAAAGUCUUUUUUGUUGGAGCUCGUUUCUACUGAUCUUGAUUCAUCAGGGAAAGAGAAGGAGACCAUUAAGGCGUAUGCAAGACCGUUAAACAAUGGGAGUAAGCUGCACAAAUACCAGUGUGAGUUUAAGGUUCCUUAUGACUUUGGAGAUAUAGGUGCAGUGUUAGUUGAGAAUCAACAUCGUCAAGAGGCAUACAUCAAAGAUAUUGUUCUUGAUGAUGGGAGCAUGAUCUUUCCUUGUGAAUCUUGGGUUCACUCUAAGUAUGAAAAUCCUGAUAAACGAAUCUUCUUCACUGACAAGUCAUAUCUACCGUUGGAGACACCGGUGGGUCUGAAGUCUUUACGGGAGAAAGAUCUCGAAACCCUUCGUGGCAAUGGAGAAGGAGAACGAAAAACAUUUGAAAGGAUUUAUGAUUACGAUACGUAUAAUGAUAUCGGCGAUCCGGAUGCUAAUUCCGAUCUUUCUCGGCCGGUUCUCGGUGGCGAUCAGCAUCCGUACCCUAGGCGUUGCCGAACCGGUCGCCCAAUGACCUCCACAGAACCUUGGUCGGAGUCAAGGACGACGCUUCCUUUUUAUGUGCCGAGAGAUGAAGAUUUUUCGGAGAUAAAAGAGGUAACAUUUGGUGCGACGACAUUGUUUUCAGUAUUGGAUGGAGUUAUACCGAUGUUAGAGUCAAUAUUGACAGACUCGGGCUUGGGUUUUUCAUCAUUCAUGGAUAUUGGAUCGCUUUAUACUGAACGUGUUAAUAUGAUUCCAUCUAAUAAUGGACUUCUAAGUGCGGUACCAAGACUUAUCCAAACAAUCGUUAAUAGUACAAAAAGUUAUCUACAAUUCGAAACUCCUCGAAUGAAAGAGAGGGAUUCCUUUUCGUGGUUUCGGGAUGAGGAAUUUUGUCGACAAACACUUGCUGGUCUCAAUCCAUAUAGCAUACAAUUGGUCACGGAAUGGCCAUUGACUAGCAAACUAGACCCUGAAGUUUAUGGACCAGCUGAGUCAGCAAUUACCAAAGAGAUUGUAGAGCAAGAAAUAAAAGGUUUCAUGACUCUGGAGGAGGCAUUGGAACAAAAGAAACUAUUCUUGCUGGAUUACCAUGAUCUCCUCUUACCAUAUGUGAACAAAGUAAGAGAGCUUGAAGGGACAACUCUCUAUGGUUCAAGAACCUUAAUGUUUCUCACAUCAACCGGAACAUUGAGACCGCUAGCCAUUGAAUUAACUCGGCCACCAAACAAUGGGAAACCGCAAUGGAAGCAUGUGUACACACCCUCUAGGGAUGCUACAGAUGCGUGGCUCUGGAAGCUAGCCAAGGCGCAUGUUCUUGCUCAUGAUUCCGGUUAUCACCAACUUGUUAGCCAUUGGUUAAGAACUCAUGGUGCUACUGAGCCUUACAUAAUUGCUACUAACCGCCACCUUAGCAAAAUACACCCCAUACAUAGACUAUUAUGUCCUCAUCUCAGAUACACAAUGCAAAUUAACAGCCUCGCUCGACUCGCACUCAUUAAUGCUAGUGGCACAAUCAACACAUCUUUCUCUCCCAAAAAAUACUCUAUGCAACUUUCCUCUGAUGCAUAUGCUCGAGAUUGGCGUUUUGAUCAUGAGGCACUUCCAGCUGAUCUUGUUAGCAGGGGAAUGGCUGUGGAAGAUGAAAGUGCACCACAUGGCAUAAAACUAACAAUUGAGGACUAUCCGUUCGCCAACGAUGGUCUACUUCUUUGGGAUGCCAUUACGCGAUGGGCUACUACAUACGUCAACCACUACUACCCACAACCAAACCUUGUAGAAUCCGAUACAGAACUUCAAGCAUGGUGGACCGAAAUCCGGACAGUUGGACAUGGAGACAAAAAAGACGAACCAUGGUGGCCACAACUCAAAACACGACAAGAUCUUAUCAAAGUCGUCACAACAAUCAUGUGGGUGUGUUCCGGCCACCAUUCAGCCGUCAACUUUGGUCAAUAUGAUUUCGCCGGUUAUUUCCCCAACAGACCUACCAUUGCAAGAACUAAAAUGCCUAAUGAAGAUCCAACAGUUGAAGAAUGGGAAGCUUUCAUAAGCAAGCCUGAGGAUGUGUUGUUGGAUUCUUUCCCUACUCAAAUUCAAGCUACUAGAGUAAUGUCGAUUUUAGCUGUUUUAUCAACGCAUUCACCGGAUGAGGAGUACAUUGGUACUAACAUAGAGCCUGCAUGGGCUGCUGAGCCGGUUAUCAAGGCUGCAUUCGAAGAGUUCAGUGGUGAGAUGAAGGCGAUUGAAACUAUCAUAGACUCAAGGAACCGUGAUACUAACUUAAGGAACCGAAGAGGGGCAGGGUUGGUGCCAUAUGAACUUCUCAAACCGUUUUCUGAACCUGGGGUGACUGGAAAGGGUGUUCCAUACAGCAUAUCUAUCUAAUUAUCCUCAAGUUUCAAAUAAACAUGAUAGUGGUUUGUUACUUCAUACACAUUUGUAUACUAGUGAUUUUAAAGUUUGACGCGUGCUAAUAAGGUUAAAACUAUGUAAUAAGCGGUUAUGUAACAAUAAACAAAGUUUAAUUCAUUAUUCUUGUUGAUUUUCAUUGGUAACCUUAAUAGGAUAUCCAUCUCUUAUUUAAAGAGAAA